AUGUCGGGUCUCAACGAGUCACAGAUCUUUCUCGCCAAGUACCACUUAUACAAGAAAGCCACUUCUACAAUCGCAGGAUGGAUUGCCGAAACCGCCGCGUCCAUCGGCUUCGAUGUCAAAACGAAAGACCAAAAACAGCAGAAGCCGAAAUCGAAGUCGAAAAAGGGUGCGAAGGGGAGAGGCAAACAGAAAGCGACAGGUGGAAGCAGUAGCACAGUGUAUCAACUUGGAGUGUCGGAUUUUGUACCCAUGGCAGAAGCGAUCGCAAAAGCUGGAGAACAAGCAGAAUCUGAGAUCAUGGUUCCCUGGUACAAGGCGAGAGUCAAUGGAGACACGAAAAGUGAUCUGCGGCACGAAUAUUUUAUCAAGGUUCUUGAGGACACCUUCGCAUCUCUCAAACCAUUUCUCGGAACGGGCGGACUAGAACCUGCACGAAACAACGUUUCCGAUACUACUACGUCGGGCUUGUCGUCUCGCAAUCGCUUUGCGGGAUUGACCGUCGACGAGCUUGCAGCGGUAGCCGAUGAGGAAGACAUCGCUGAAGACACACUUUCCGAAUUCUCCAGCGUCAAGUUUGAGGAAGUCGAGGAGGACAAAGAAGACGACUUCUGGGUUGCUGUUGCGCUCAUGCUACAAGAGCAACAAGACAUGAGAGAGGUGGUACGUGAGAACUGGCAGAAAUAUAGGAGCGGUGAAGUCGACUUGGUUGUGGCGGCCAUGACCACGGAUACUGCUAUCAAACUUGCUCAGGGUGCGGAAGCGAAGUUUGACCUGUUAGUAACGCGGCCAAAGAAAUAUUCACAGGCUGAAUAUCCGGUUUGGACUCUCCCCGCUGUUCUCUUCUACAACAACCACGAAGAUAUGCACCAAUGGCCCCUCGAGGAGAUUGCGAAGCCUUCUGCCAAGCUUGGAGUUACAGCCGAUCAGAGUGAAGCGUACUUUGACUUUUGGCCAGUGUUCGCUGGUUUGAAAUUUUAUCUCCACAAGCACAUUACUAAGACGAACUCAAUUCCACAAGUGGUUCCGAAGGACUUCGGUGAUGCCAGCAUCCACAGUCGAACGUUGAGAGCGAUCGAACUCGCGCAAGUUAUGCGGAUCAUUGCAAAAGCGGUUAAACGCCCGCCACUCCUAGACAUGGUCUCUAGAGGUCUUUUGGACAUGCUUAGCGAGCACACGAUCCCAAUGUGGCUUACAUAUGGCGUCCAGCUCCAUUUUGAUUCGCAAGAUAUCUUGGGCGAAAGAACUCACCGACCACAUUUUGAACUUCAGGUCUACCUGAACCACUUGAGCGGAUCGCAGCGGGAAACUAUAGAGGACUGGGAAGAUCCAAUGAUGCCGAAAGAAGCCCAGUAUGAAUGUUAUAAUCCUUUCAAAGAGGCAUACAAUGAGAUGAGUCCAUGGGCGAACUAUGACGGAUUUGAUGAACAAUGGGAAAGGCUCAAGAAAGAUCCAAACGUCGGUGGGCAUCCAAUCUUCAGGAAAUUGAAGAGCGAGCCUUUCUACCUGUAUAGACACAAUCCUCUGCUUUGCGGUAUGAUGAAGUACCACUUUCUCGUCCACUGGCACGCGGCUGGCAUAUCACAUGAAGCAACCUCAUGUUCUAUCCUUUUCAUGGCCCAUGUCUACAUGGGCACACAGCUGAGAAGCCCUUCCGAUCCAGUGUGGCCCGACAUGGAGUUCAUGCUCUUCAGCCAAGAUCCUCGAUACCUGUUACUCAAAAGGCCGCCUGAGUCGCCUGAGGAAGCACGGACACUCUUCGAUAUAGCUACUGGCCAGCCCACUCUCAAGCAAGUGGGGUCAUAUGCUCUCGAUCGUUUGAACUUCAGCGAUGAGUUUCUAGGCAAGCCUAGAUAUGAUCCGAAUAACAAGACACGAUUUUUCAGAGAUGCAAGCGUGUUUGGGGAUUCUGUCUACUUGCCACGCGGUGCAGUUGCCUCCUGGAUCAAUAAAAAACCUGGCGGAGCUUUCAACGGUAAAAUCGACACCAUUGCCAAGGCACUUCUUGCAGCAUCAUCUCCCGAUGCAACUCGCGGCCGUCUCGCUCGCGCAAUGCAAGCUUCCCAGGAGAAGCAGGGACUGAAACUAGAACCGUUGAACGGGAAAGAAGGGCUAACUCCUAUUGCCAUCUUGCAACAUUUUGCUUUCUGGCUGCAGGCCGACAUGCCAGACCUUUGUUUCAACGGAGCGUUGAUGCAGCGGCAAUGUUCGGAUACAUGGAAAGCUAUCUACAAAGCGCUCGAGCGUGACCCAGCUUGGGACAGCUCCUUCUCAAAAUUCGGAAAGUCGGCGCAACGUGCAGCAAAUGCCAUCAUCUCCACGUCCGUGAUCGAAGGAAAGUACCCUCACUUCAUAGACAUAGCGCGCAAGGCAAUGCUUGAAUAUCUACAGCAGCAAGACAGCGGGCUGGGAUGCCCGCGAAGCGAGGUAUGCCUGAUGGACAUGGUGAAGUACCACAAGAGAGCCGCAAGAUUGCUUACGGAUGAUCAGA